AUGGAAUCUUUACUGGAACAGCAAAGACGCUACCAUGAAGACAGAGAGCGGACAAUGGAUGCCAUGACCAAAGAGAUGUUACACCCUAAAAAAACGCUGAGAGAACAAAUUAAUUCAGAUCAAAGAUUAAAACAACUACUUGAUCGAUAUGUGGAUUGCAGUACAGAAAUUAAAGAAUUAUAUGAAGAUAAAGAUGGAUUAAGGAAAGAAGAAAUUCAGGCUCUAGCAGGACCAAAUGAAUAUUCUGAGUUUCGAUCCAGAUUAGGUGCAAUAGAAAAAUUCUAUAAUCAACAUCCAAAUGAGAUCAGUGUACCAAUGUCUGUAGAAUUUGAAGAACUGGCCAAACAAAGAGAAGCCUCAGCUGAUGAAACACAAUGUCUGGUAGAUUUUAGUGAUGAAGAAGGUUAUGGUCGAUAUUUAGAUUUGCACCAAUGUUAUGAGAAGUAUCUUAAUUUAAAAGGAGUGGAAAAGAUUGAUUAUAUAACAUAUUUGACAGUGUUUGACAGAUUAUUUGACAUACCUAAAGACAAGAAAAACAGUGCUUAUAGAGAAUAUUUAACAGUUUUAUUAGAUUAUCUCUCAGAUUAUUUAAGUCGAGUGAAACCAUUGUUAGAUUUGAAUGAUGAAAUGGAGGUAGUAAGUAAAGAUUUUGAUGUACAAUGGAGUGAUGGAAUUUUUCCUGGUUGGCCGAAAGAAGCUACUGGAGCUUUAACACAUUCUGGAGCUCAUUUAGAUUUAUCAGCUUUUUCUUCAUGGGAGGAAUUAGCCUCGUUAGGAUUAGAUAGAUUGAAGUCCGCUCUGAUGGCUUUAGGUGUCAAAUGUGGUGGAACAUUAGAAGAGAGAGCUCAAAGAUUGUUUUCAACAAAGGGUAAAAGUAUGGAAGAUUUAGAUCCUAAUCUAUUUGCUAAAUCUAAACCUGGGAAAUCAGCUGGUAAAACAAAGGAUGUAGAAAAACAGAGAGAUUUAGCCACAUUAGAAGCCCAAUUAUACAGAUUGGCUGAAUUAUUAAGUGAACAGAGAGCUUCUACUAGAGAAAAUGUACAACGUAAACAAGCUAGAACUGAUGCUGAAAGAGAAGAUUCCGAUGAAGAAAAUAUGUCUGAUAAUGAUUCUGAAGACGAAAAUGAAAUUCCAUACAAUCCUAAAAAUUUACCUCUUGGAUGGGAUGGGAAGCCUAUACCAUAUUGGUUAUAUAAAUUACAUGGUUUGAAUUUAUCUUAUACCUGUGAAAUUUGUGGUAAUUUUACCUACAGAGGGCCAAAAGCCUUUCAAAGACAUUUUGCAGAAUGGAGACAUGCUCAUGGUAUGAGAUGUUUAGGUAUACCAAACACAGCUCAUUUUGCAAAUGUCACAUCAAUUGAAGAUGCUUUAGCAUUAUGGCAAAAGAUAAAAUCUGGUAAAGAACAGGGAAGAUGGAAACCAGAACAAGAGGAAGAGUAUGAAGAUUCAGUAGGAAAUGUUGUGACAAAGAAAACAUUUGAAGAUUUAAAACGACAAGGUUUAUUAUAAAUAUACAUUAUGAAGUACAUCAUGUAAAUAUAUCAUACAUUCUAAUAAACAAGCAACAAAUAUAUCAUGUUAUAUCUGUAUUCAUAAACCCUGGUAGUCAUCCCCUUAACCCCCUUUGUCAUAGCACAUCCACUUUGAGCAUUAAGCUAUUGACACCAUAAAAACUGUGUGAAGCUUUCAGCCAAAUCCAUUGUUCUAUUAUGAUCAGCUGCAAUGCAACAAAAUGGAAUUGAUCUCUUAAAUAAAAUUGUUAAAGUAACUUUUAUUUUAAUUUGGACCUUUGCGAUUAUGUUCUUUGAUUUGUUUUUUAAAUUGACAGUAUUCAAGAUUUGAUAUAAAUAAAUAUCUGAAUUAUAUAAAGAAGACUUUUUCAGAAUAAGAAUAUUAUCUAGAAGAUUGGACACAGCCUCAGGAUUUUAAUGACAAAAAAAUUACUUUAAUAUCACACUAAGGCUAUAUUAGAAAACUGAUGUUCUAUAGAAUGAGGAUCUUUCAAUAAAGAAACAGGAAUAUUGCCAUACAUAUUAGAUUUAGGUGAAUAAACCCAUAACCAAGU